AUGGCACGACAAGAUACCAUCGUCGUAUCGGCGUCUAAUGCUGUGACUGCACGCAUGUGGAUACGAUUUCUAGCGCCAUACUACGUUUUUAAUGCUGUGGCAUUGCUUAUGUAUGUACCGAUCCGGUACCAACAGUCUAGUGAGGCACUCACGGAGCGAGAUAACUUUCUUCACAUGCCAUUGGAAUAUGAGAUUUUCUUGCUUGCAUUGGGUUCUUGGCUGAUAAAUUACCGUAAAAAAGCAACCACAGACGGUGUUAUUUCCCUCUUUUUCUUCUAUAGCAAACUGGCAGUCUUGGCGUCACUUUACUAUCUGGAUAUCACUCUUUUUGGGUGGUACGCAAUUGUUUGUCUAGUACUGUUCGCAGCGGUAGGGCAGCCCAAAUAUGAAGGUCCAUCCAAGAUAAUUGAGCUGAACCCAGCAAUGAUGGAAAAACUCAUGAAAAAAUCUUCUAACUCGAGGAACAAAGGACCAUCCAACUCAUGGCUCGUUUUCUUCUACGCAGACUGGAGUGACUCUUGCGUGGAGCACGAGCCGAUGCUUGCUGAAAUAUCACUCAGAUAUUCGUCCAGCUUACUACAAUUUGGCAAGAUUGAUGUGAACAAAUGGUCUGAUCUAGCUGUGGAGAACCGUAUUAGUGUCUCGACGUCGUCGUUACAGCUACCGACUUUGAUCCUAUUCCAGGAUGGCGAGGAAGUUAUGCGCUUGCCGCCAAUUGAUGAGAAGGGAAAAGUUGCUAGAACAAUUCUUGAUCGGGCAGGACUUAUUGCUGGUUUUAAGCUUGAGGAGCUAAAGAUUGGUAAAUCAGCUGUGUUCAAGCCAAAAAUCAGCUAA